AUGAACCUUACCUCAGAUUUGUUGGACGUGAUGCUGAAGGCAUCAAACCUCUCUCGGUGGCAGUUCAUCCAGCACUACUCCAUCCCACCUCUGGUGGCUGUGCCCAGGCUCCCAGCUGCCCUGCUACCAGUAUUUGGUCUGCUGUAUGUGCUCAUCUUCGGGCUCGCUGUGGUUGGAAAUGGGGCUGUGCUGGUUCUCUUGUGCCGUAGGAAAGCACUGCAGUCCCCAAGCACUUUCUACAUCUGUUCGCUGGCAUUCAGUGACCUUCUCAUUGGCAUUGUAUGUGUGCCUGCCUCACUGUUGCAGCACUUCUUUAAAAACUGGCUGGCAGGUGACUUCCUGUGCAAGCUGGUCCCCUUCCUCCAAGUGACUGCCAUAGCAACCAGCAUCCUGUCCAUGACUUGUAUCGCUGUAGAGCGUUUCCAGGGAAUCUUGUAUCCUCUUCAUGUUCGUAACAGCUACAUCCUUCACAGCUCCAUCAUGAUGCUCGUGGCUGUGUGGAUGGUCGCGCUGGCAGUUGCAGCGCCGAUGUGGUUUGUCCAGAAAGUAGAGGUGAAAUACGACUUCCUGUUUGAUGUUCACCACACCAGCUGUCUGGAGGUGUGGCCAAGCCAGCAGUGGAGGCAGAGUUACACCGUAUGCCUAUCAGUGAUGUUUUUUUUGGUCCCACUGGUGACCAUAGCCAUCCUGUAUGGGAAGAUCAUGAGGGAAUUGUGGGGCAAACACCGCAUUCACGAGGCUGUGUUCCAAACACUGCCAGGGUCUGAGAUCAACAAGAUCACCAGGAGGAAGAGGAGGGCAGUGAAGAUGAUGGCCACAGUGGUGCUUCUGUUCGGUGCUUGCUGGGCUCCAUUUCACCUUGUAUCACUGCUGCUGGACUAUGAAAAGCUGAACCUGGACCUGGAUUCAGAGUUUCUAUUGCUAAGCUUGGUGCAGAUCUUAGGCUUCAGCAACUCCGUGUGCAACCCAGUGGUCUAUGCUGCCCUCAACACCAACUUCAAGAGGGAUUUGCUGGCCCUGCUCACGCAGAGGUGUGUACUCUGCUUCCGGAGAAGGCAGAUCCGGGUCGGCGUCUCCGUCACGGAGCCGAGGAAUACCACCGAGAAGAUGGAGAGGAGAGCUGGGGUCCAGCCAUGGAGCAAAGUAGCUUGGGACACUGAAAAUAGUGUGGCACCAGUGACAAAUGGAGCAAGGUCCAAAUCCUUCAACCCAAUGAUCCUGCUUGGUGCCAUUUGGCCCAGUAACAACUCAGGCACCGUCAUUCUGAAUGUCACCGACCCCGUGCACAUGGAUGCUACCUAUCAGAAGACAGUGGGAAUUCCAAGUGGAUAA